AGACGACAGUGUCUUGUGAAAGUGACAGGGAGAGGAGAGGACUGGAAAUAAAUAUAAUUCGAUGUGAGAUCUGAUGGCCCCACUGAGGCAGCUUCAAUAACGAGAAGCCGAGUGGGAGUAGGUGGGAUUGAGAGAUGAGGGAGAGAAAGGAGCAGGGUGAAACGCUGAGGGCAACUGAGAUGGAGAUUUACUGGGAGUGAGAGUGGGAGGAGAGAGAAAGGGACAAACGUUGUCGAGUGUGCAAUAUAUUGGAAAGGGGGCAGUAGAUCAGGGUUUAAACAGCAGUAAGUACAAGUGAGCAAGAGCUUGUUCUAACUACUAAUCCAGAGAAAACACUUCAUUUAAAAGGAGAAUGAAGGGAUGGUAAUGCUGAAGCUGAUAUUACUGGGGUGUCCUUAAAAGUGGAACAACAUUAUUGUCAUGGGGAGCCGAGGGAGUAUUAAAAUUUAAAAUUGGAAGACAAAAAUCGCUUUUAUUGAUGUAUUUUUCACGUAUAUUGUUGUUCUCUCCUGAGAGCUGACAGUCAGGGAAAGUAUUGCAGACUCUGUGGGAUAACUGACAGUUUUGAUUGGAGGCUGGAAGGGAUAGGACAAAGGGAAGUAACCAGCAGCCACAAGAUGUGGUUGCAGCAGCGUUUGAAGGGGCUACCAAUGCUGCUGUCUAGCAGCUGGGCGAGGAGAAUGCUGGCAGGUCUGGGGAUCCUGCUAAUCUUUUACUGGUACCUGACUUCAGAAGGUGGAUUCAAGCUGUUCCCCGGUUCAACAGAUCCCAGGACAGUGACAGACAGUUGUCUUCAGGUAGAAACCCAACGAUGGAAGUCGGCUGUGGACCACAGCAAUGCCAUGAUGAGUCAUGUUGAUGGAAGUAUGGCAGGGCAAUUAUCUGGCCCAGCUGUGAUUGGCAAUGGUCAUUUAGUUGUAGAUGCUCUCUCUAAUCAGCUUUGGGUGGCAUCAUCUCCUGCCUCAGGCCUUGCUGCUGUCCACCUGACAGACUAUGUACCUCUGGUAUCUCUGAAACCUCUUGGUGCUCGUUCGGCAGCCAGAGCUGCACUCGUCCACUUCCAGGAGGGAGUGGUUCACUUAUUACAGUGCAUCCAGACUGGAUCAUCACACAAGUCCCGGGAGUGUGUCACUCUUCGUGAAGAUGUGAUUGUGCAUCGGAGCCGGCCCCACCUGAUCUUACAGAAGAUACACAUCUCCAACCCCAGUGACCGAGCGACUGUCUUUGAAGUCAACAAGUCACCCAUCAUUGGCAACAAAUUCUCCUCCAGCCUGGAGAAACAGAAUGACCAGGAAUUUGUCCUUUUAGCAGGGAGAGCACUGACAGAGAAAAGGGAAACCAUUCUGGUGGUUGUGGCCACAGAGAAAGUGGCACCCAGGCUGCAAGUGGCUGCAAAGUCUGAGUUCACAGAACACGUGGUAUCAGUGGUUUAUACACUUGAGUUGUUGGACUUAACAAAGGUGGAAGAAUCAUUCAGUAAACUGAGGAAAUCAGCAAAAGCAGAAAUGUCUGAGUUGCUGAGAUUGGGAGCAGAAGAACUCUACCAAGAGCAUCAGAAGGUGUGGGGCGAUUUAAUAAACUCAGGUGUGGAGAUGAAGAAGAUUACAGAUUCACACACCCCAUCCAGUGUGAUUGUGAACAGGACGCUCUUCUAUGUCCUUUCCACCUCAUCGGCCCCCCUGCUGGACCUGCAGAGCGGGGCUGAAGAACGGGAGAAGCUGGAGGUCAGCCUAGAUUAUGCUGAUCAUUGUUUCAGUGGCCACGCCACGAUGCACGCAGAGAACCUGUGGCCUGAGCAGAUCUCCGACGUUGACCACUUGUUGCAGCUGUCCAACCUGUGGAGGCUCACUCUGCAGAAACGGGGCUGCAAGAGCCUGGUGGCUGCCGGGGCUCACGGCAUGAUGCAAGGCAUGGUGAUGAGUUUUGGGGGACUCCAGUUUACCGAGAACCACCUCCAGUUCCAGGCAGAUCCCUCCGUUCUGCACAACAGCUACUUGCUGCGAGGGAUUCAUUACAACAAGGAUCUGAUCAACCUGGCCGUGUUACUGGAUGGAGAUGACAAGCCUUACCUUCAUGUCUCAGUCAAACCUCAGGAGAAGCAGGUCAAACUCUAUGGCUGCGAGGCAGGCUGCAUGAAUGACCCAGUGGAACUGACCGCUGAACUUAAGGGUCACAUGUUUCCUGUCAUGGUAACACGGCCCAUCACUCCCUUGUUGUACAUCUCAACUGAUUUGACUCACCUGCAAGCACUGAGGCACACAUUGCACCUGAAGGCAAUCCUUGCCCAUGAGGAUCACAUGGCUGAACAGUACCCCGGCCUUCCCUUUCUCUUCUGGUUCAGUGUGGCGUCACUCAUCACCUUGUUCCACCUCUUCCUCUUCAAACUCAUCUACAAUGAAUACUGCGGACCAGGUGCCAAGCCUAUAUUCAGGAGUAAGGAUGUCGUAAGAAUUUGAUGAAAUGAUUCUUGUCCCUUUUCAUCAUCCCACCAUGUGUCCAUGUGGCUGCUAACAUCUAGGGUUAGAGGAUUAGAAGGUGAAGCAGGCAUCGACAUCAGCUGAGAGCAUGUCUACAAACCAAUUCUUUUUUGAUGAAGAGCACUGCUUUAAUUUAUUUUGCAUUAAAGAUGUGAAAUUAAACUAAACACUGGAUGUUAAAACAAGUUGCAGCACAGCUGUCACUCACAGCUGUCACUCACAGCUGUUUGGCUUUAACUGAUCAUCGUAUUGAGAUUCUACUGGCGUUCCAGCUGGAAAUCCUUGGCUUCAUCUCUGUCUCCAGUAAAGUGGCCUCACAUUUUCCUGCAUAAUAUAGGCUGUGCAGUUCCUGGCAUUGGGUGAAUCUAUUUUUAAACAAGCUGUGUAACUUUUUCAUUGCAAGAUUCAACAUUUUCAUUGAGGGGAAAGAACUGUGGGGGAGAAAAUUUUUGAUCAGAAGUGUUUUGGGCUGAAAUUGCUGUGUGAUUUUCUAAUGA